AUGCAACAGAAUCGGCAGCCGCGUCCACAUCAGGCACAACAGAAUUGUCAGUUUCAAAGAAUGACAUUGGUCUCUUUCUCGGAGAAAAGUCUUAGUAUACCAGUAUUGUAUGUUGCAUUUUUAGGAAAAACCAUGUUUUUUAUUGUUGAUUGUGAGUCCUGCCACAUUUGGUAUUUUGAGAAAAGCCAGCAGUCCCCAGGAUUAUUUCCGCAUUGCUUUGUUUUUGCCCUUUUUGGACCACGUCAUCUGCCAGUUGAAUCAAAGUUCAAAGUUCUACUGGUGAAAUAUAGCCAAGACGUCAACUGCGAUGACCUCACUGCAGUUGGGGUAUCGACGAGUGGCAGCGAUGGAGAAGCCUCCAAAGAAGCUUUGUCGGGAUCCAUCCUGGAUAUGCUGCCAACUGUGCAAAGACUAUUGAAGAUCCUUGCCACGCUGCCAGUGUCAACCAGCUCCAGCGAAAGGUCUUCCUCCACACUACGGAGGCUCAAGACAUAUCUGCGGAACACAACUGGGCAAGACCGUUUGAAUGGCUUGGCGAUACUCAACAUCCAUCGCGACAUCCGCGUGAGUCCAGAGGACAUCGUGAACAGACUGGCGAGCAGAACAUCCCUGGCAGAGACCUUGAGAUCCUCACCAGCAUGGGUCGGUGUUGACCCCGAUUCCUGCAUGUGCCGAGAACCACAUGAUCCGUGUCCUAUCUCGCUUCCUCUGUCCAGGGAACUGCUCACCAAAGUAGGUGUUACGUGUCUUCAGAGUCUGCAAUUCUGCUGUGAUUUCGAGAUACAACAAAAGGAAAUAGCAUCUGAAAAAUCUAGAAAGCCACAAACACAUUCUAACACAGCAUCAAAAAAUGUACAGAGUAUUACUGACAAGAAGGAAAAUGGUAUCACUAGCCUUGGUGUGGUAUCCUCUGGUCAAGAGAUGACAAAAAACAUAGUAAAUCAACAACAGAAGGAAGAUAAAAUUACAGAUCAUGUCUUGGAAGAAAAUGCAUCCAGUCUGCAAGGGACAAAAGAUCCAGAAUUACAUGUAAGAACUAUAAAGGGAAUUAAUAAGAAAGAAACACAAGUCGAUGGAGUCACACAAGCCCAAAUUUUAUCAGAAAAUAAAAAGACCCAAAAUUAUGUAAGUGGACUAAAUUUUGAAGCUAACGAUUCAAAACUUCACAAGAUAGAGGAGAAUGAUGGCAGUGAUAGCAAAAGUACAAAUUUUGCGCCACAUAUGACAAUAAGUGAAAAGGAGCUAAACAAAUCUCACUACACUAAAAGUCUCUCAAUAAACACAAGGCAAGUGAGUUCUCAUAAUGGACCUCACGCUGUUGGAGAAAACGAAGCCUUCAGAAAUGAUCCUGACUACGACCAUAACCUGUAUACAGAAAAAAAAUGUGAUCCAGAAGACUUUUCCUGUGUAACUGGCAACAAAGAAGCUUACAAGGAAGAGCCCACAAGAUUAAAUAGCAUAAGAAGUACAAAUGAGACAAAACCAAAGUCCACAGAGAUAAGAAAUACUUCCAGUAAUUCUAUGUUGAAUUCCAUUACCUCCCUGAGUGAAAGUGAACCUAUAUCACUACACACAGAUCCAAUCAUUUUGGGGUCUCGGUACCAGCCAAUAGAUAUGUCUUUUACAAACAGCCGCAAUAACAGCCCGUCACGAGCUUUCAAGACCAUUCGUGAACUGACUAGAAAGGGCUUGAGUUUUACUAUAUUUUACUGGAUUUACGUUGCUGCUUUUCUUUAUGUUUCCUGUUACCUCCUAGGAUUUAUCAUGCUGCCAUUUUCUGUCCUGGGUUUCAUAAUCAAAAUUGUCAUAGUUCAGUUUUUCCCGGCAAUAAUCAGUCUACAUUUUUUCCAUGCAGCAGACAUAAUACUGGAAUUUAUUUAUGACCAAAUAUCUUAGGUA